GUGGUGCACUGCAACAAGGCAAUCCAUCGAUCGCCGCUUCUUGCCGCCCUGGUGAUCCUGGACAUGGAGCCGACCCUCCAGGAGAGCUUGGAGGGCAUGCUCAAGAACAUCGCGGCCAUGAAGCCCAUUUGGCCGGGCUGGACGAAUGCACGAAUUCGUGGACAAGAAGGAAACUUGCAUGAAGCCUUGGACUGGGCCAAGCGGUGUCUGGAGAUCUUGCGAGCGAAACCCAGUAGCACCAGCACCAGGUCCAAAGGCUUUUCCGCGGCGCCUGAUGAGACCAGCAAAGCAAGCGUGAAAGGCCAAGGCGGCAAAGGCCAAGGCGGCAANNGGCGGCAAAGUCGCUGUGAAGAGCGGGUUCAUUCGGCUGCCAGCCAGGUUCAUUCGGCUGCCAGCCAGGGGAUGGCGCAACCUGUGAGCCCUGCAGCCCUGGGAAAACAAGCGCCUGUCACGCCCCCAAAAACUUUGCCCUCCUCGCCACCGCCACGCAACAGCUCCAAGCCGGACCAGCACUUCAAGGAGAAGAAAGAGGAAGAGGAGCCUGGCAGCAGCUCCGCCAAGCCACCUGCCAAAGCCGACAACGAGGCGGCAGACAGAGCGGCAGGGGCCAAGAAGAGGACCAAGGAGGAGGAGGCAGCGCUUCAGAGGGCGACUCCGGCUGACAGCCAGGAAGAAGCCAACAAGGCCCAGCGGCCGAAGCCUUCGCAAGCGAGGCGGGAGGAGCUGCUGGCCGAGCUGCGUGCGAUGGACCAGCAGCUCCUCGUUGAGGACUUCGUGGAGCGCUCGGGACUGGUCAGCGUUUCGGCGCUGACCAGUGAUGGCCACACGGUGCUUCAUCGCCUCGUGGAGGCGAUCCGCACGGAGGAGCUCAGCGGCGACUUCUGCUCGCGGGUCGUGGACGCCUCGCCCGAUUUGUUCCUCAACAAGCUGUCCGCAGGCGGACAGCCUUCAGGGGUGGCUCCUUUGCACAUGCUCUGCGGUGCAGGCAAGGACCGCUCUGAGGUCCGCUGCGUGGUGCUUCGCAAGCUGGCCUCUCGCCAGGCGGACCUGGAGAUCAGGGACGCGCGUGGCGCCACGCCCUUGCUGCGG